AUGUGUAAUCAACAGCUGCGCUUACGGGAAGCAAGUGGAAUGAAUAAACAGGCUAAGACAGGAGCCAGCAAACUUGCAGUCUGGUUCCAGCUUCUUCCCCUGAAGAACUGCAGCUUUAAUCAAGGUGCUGUGCCCCAGAUCAACUGCGAUGUCAAAGCUGGAAAGAUAAUCAAUCCUGAGUUUGUUGUAAAAUGUCCGGCAGGAUGCCAAGACCCGAAAUACCACGUUUAUGGCACGGAUAUCUAUGCAUCUUACUCGAGCGUGUGUGGCGCCGCGAUUCACAGUGGCGUGCUUGAUAAUUCAGGAGGGAAAAUACUUGUUCGGAAAGUCGCUGGACAAUCUGGCUACAAAGGGAGUUACUCCAAUGGCGUGCAAUCAUUGUCGCUGCCACGCUGGAGAGAGUCCUUCAUUGUCUCAGAAAGUAAACCCCAAAAGGGUGUAACCUACCCAUCGGCUCUUACAUAUUCAUCAACGAAAAGCCCCCCUGCCAAAACAGGUGAGGCGACAAAAGCCUAUCAGAAGCCACCAGUCCCAGGAACAACCGCACAGCCGGUCACCCUGAUGCAGGUAACGGGAGCCCCGGCCACCGAAGCCACCCACACCAGCCUGCCAAAGCCAUCCCCAUCCACAGGUUCUACCACCAGCAGCCUCAGACCACAGCCUGUGGGCCACAGGAGCUGGGAGCUGGAUCGCUGGUCCCCCAGCUCUCCUGCAAGCAGCCAGAACAGCGGCCGCGCCAGUCCAGGAUUUGUUCCAAAAGAAGAAUUAAGCACACAGUCUUUGGAUUCAGUAUCCCAGGGAGAUGCAAACUGCAAAGUUGACUUGUCAUUUUUAAUUGAUGGGAGCUCGAGCAUUGGCAAACGCCGAUUCCGAAUCCAAAAGCAGUUCCUGGCUGAUAUUGCCCAAGCUCUUGACAUUGGCCCUGGUGGUCCACUGAUGGGCGUUGUUCAGUAUGGAGACAACCCUGCUGCCCAAUUUAACCUCAGGACUCACAUGAAUUCCCGGGAUCUGAAGACGGCCAUAGAGAAAAUCACCCAGAGAGGAGGACUUUCUAACGCAGGUCGGGCCAUCUCCUACAUGACCAAGAACUUCUUUUCCAAAGCUAAUGGGAACAGAGGCAGUGCUCCCAACGUGGCCGUGGUGAUUGUGGACGGCUGGCCCACGGACAAGGUGGAGGAGGCUUCGAGGUUCGCAAGAGAGUCAGGAAUCAACAUUUUCUUCAUCACCGUCGAAGGUGCCACUGAGAACGAGAAGCAGUACAUGGCGGAGCCCAACUUCUCGAAUAAGGCGGUGUGCAGAACGAACGGCUUCUACUCGCUCAGUGUGCAGAGCUGGUUCAGCCUCCACAAGAUCGUGCAGCCCCUGCUGAAGCGGGUCUGUGACACUGACCGCCUGGCCUGCAGCAAGACCUGCUGGAACUCCGCCGACAUCGGCUUUCUCAUCGACGGCUCCAGCAGUGUGGGCACGAGCAACUUCCGCACAGUUCUCCAGUUUGUGGCCAACAUCACCAAAGCGUUUGAGAUUUCAGAAACAGACACGCGGAUCGGGGCUGUGCAGUACACCUACGAACAGCGCCUGGAAUUUGGGUUUGAAGAUUACACCACCAGCUCCGACGUCCUCAGUGCCAUCAGUAGGGUGGGCUACUGGAGCGGUGGGACCAGCACAGGGACCGCCAUAAACUACGCCCUGGAACAGCUCUUCAAGAAGUCCAAGCCCAACAAGAGGAAGUUAAUGAUCCUCAUCACUGAUGGGAGGUCCUACGACGACGUCCGAAUACCGGCCAUGGUUGCCCAUCACAAGGGAGUGAUCACCUAUGCGAUAGGCGUCGCAUGGGCUGCCCAGGACGAGCUGGAAGUCAUAGCCACUCACCCUGCCGAAGACCACGCCUUCUUUGUAGAUGAGUUUGACAGCCUGUACAGAAUUGUCCCCAGGGUCAUCCAGAACAUUUGCACAGAGUUCAACUCACAGCCUCGGAACUGAAUUCCGAGCAGGUAAAGCCCCAGCCCAUGCCGCUCUCCCGACUGGCUCUGGCACAGCCCCCGACGCUUUAUGGGGCAGCAGGGCGCGUGGGGCUGGGCGCCCACAUGCGCUCUUCCUAUUCUUCACCAGUGUGGUUCUGCAGACUUCAAAACUUGGAGUGAGAAAGAUGAUCGUAGGUUUAUAGAAUGAGGCAAAACGAUACAUCAUUUUGAGGGUUCUGGAGAUGUGCAUUUUGACGACUGUUUUCAAAAUAAAUAUUCAGACUAGAGUGCAGGACUUAUGACAGGCUUAACUAGAGUUUUUGUGAAGUUUUUUUUUCCUUUUUUAUUUCUAAUUAGGAUUCUGUAACCCUCAAAAAUUUCAUUUUUAUGACGACCAUACAGGAGUUGCUUAAUUAAAUGUUUUAAAGGAUGGCAUUCUGAGUGUGUCGUGGAGAGUGUUCACAGGCUGUGUGGCAGGACCGCCCUCUGCUCUUCCUGUUCCCCGGAGCCACCUGCUCUGCACUCAGUCCUGGCCCACGGUAACAACACAGCCACCGGGCGCAGAGAAAAUGUGGCAGCGACAUGGCCACUCCUGAUUCACCUCCCUUUUCUCUAUUAUCUGAAUCACUGUGUACCUGCCUCCCGUAGCUUUAGGAGCAGUCUAGGAAUGGCCCUGGAGGACCAAGGGGAUCUGGCCCAGAAUCCCUCGGGAGACCACAAUGCUGGGCGGCAGGCCCCAUUCCAAUAGCUGUGGGAUCUGGGUCUGUGGGGCAGGAGCCCGAGCAGAGCCCCCUGGCAGCACCACCGAGCUAGCACGGAUGGAGGUCCACGGAGCUACUUCGGACGGGUCGGUGUGAUAGGAGAGCCCCCCUGUCAGGCCUGCUCUCCUGGGUCCCACCCAGCUUUAGCACUGUGCCGCAUUUGUCAUGUGUUAACCAGAUAUUAUCAUUAAUAGCUGCAUUAAAAUAAGCCGGCAUGGGGUUUAGUUGAGCUCUACUUUUUACUUCCAGCUUCUGCCAAGGAUUCAUCUAUUAGGAUAUGAAAUCUGUGUGUGCUGGGGGGGUGUUCAAAAGAAUCAUUAAUAAAGAUGACUUACUUGAGAAA